UAUGAGUUAUUAUGCUCCUCUACCAAAUAAUUGUGCCUUUUUGAUUUCACAAGGAUAAAGUCAGAGGAUCCAAAUCCCAAUCAGACCACCCAUUAUAUAUUGUGAAGUCAGAAGAUCCAAAUCCCAAUAAAACCACCCAUUAUAUAUUAUGAAGUCGGAUACAAAUCCCAGCUAGUCCACCCACCAUAUAUACCACAUCCAGACAUCCUUAACACCAGACAUCCCCUAGUAUAAAAUGGCCUCCUUCGGGGACGCCACGACUCACAAACACGCCCCGCAUAUGAAAGCGCGCGCGCGCGCGCCCACAGUACCACGCACGCAGGCACGCGAAAAAGCCCUGCUCCGACGUGCUCAUGGCUGUCGAGGCGGGGGCGGCGUUGCAUGAAGUGGUGAGGGCCCUGGCGGGCUCGCUGCAGCCGCACGUCGCCGCCGUCGUCUUUGUGUCCGCGGUGUGCACGGUGGCCCUCGCCGCCCUCCUGGUCGUGGCGCGCAUGCGCCCGCCGUGGUGGUGCGCUUGCCCUGUCUGCGAGGCCUACCUGACGGCGUCGUGGACCGGGGAGUUCGACAACCUCUGCGAUUGGUUCGCGCACCUCCUGCGCAGCUCGCCGGCGCAGACCGUACACGUGCACGUGCUCCGGAACGUGCUCACCGCCAACCCGGUCACCGUGGACCACAUGCUGCGCAGCCGCUUCGAGAACUACCCCAAGGGCGCACCGUUCUCGGCCAUCCUCGCCGACUUCCUCGGCCGCGGCAUUUUUAACGUCGACGGGGAUGCGUGGCUCUUUCAGCGCAAGCUCGCCGCGGCCGAGCUCGCCUCCCCGGCGCUGCGCGCCUUCGCGAUGCGUGUCGUGGCUUCCGAGCUGCGGAGCCGCCUCAUGCCCCUGCUUCACUCUGCCUCCCUUGAAGUCAGUGGCAAGGUGCUCGACCUGCAAGACGUGUUCCGUCGCUUCGCCUUCGACUGCAUAUGCAAGAUAUCUUUCGGUCUCGACCCCGGCUGCCUCGAGCUGUCGAUGCCGGUGUCGUCGUUCGUGCAUGCGUUCGACACGGCCUCCACGCUCUCUGCCAGGCGCGCUACCGUGCCCAUGCAGAUUAUCUGGAAACUUAAGCGUUUCUUGAACCUCGGGGACGAAAGGAAGCUCCGGGAUGCAGUCCGCCUUGUCGACGCGCUCGCCGAGGAGGUCAUCCGACAGCGUCGCAAGCUCGGCGGCGUAGCCUCGGGUAGCGAUCUUUUGUCGCGCUUCAUGGAAUCCAUAAAUGACGACAAGUACCUCCGCGACAUCGUCGUCAGCUUCAUGCUUGCCGGGCGCGACACCGUCGCCUCGGCGCUAACCGCCUUCUUCUUGCUCCUCUCCGAUCAUCCAGAGGUAGCCGCCGCCAUCCGGGACGAGGUUACCCGCGUCGCCGGCGACGACGACCGAGACACGGCCGCUAGCUUCGCGAAGCUCAAGGACAUGCACUACUUGCACGCCGCGCUGUACGAGAGCAUGCGGCUGUUCCCGCCGGUGCAGUUCGAUUCCAAGUUCGCCGCCGGCGACGACAAGCUUCCAGACGGCACUGUCGUCUCGAAGGGCACCAGGGUCACCUACCACGCCUACGCCAUGGGCCGCAUGGAGUCGGUGUGGGGCCCCGACUGCGGCGAGUUCCGGCCGGAAAGAUGGCUCCGUGACGGUCGGUUCGUCCCCGAGAGCCCGUACCGUUACCCGGUCUUCCAGGCCGGCGUGCGCGUGUGCAUCGGCAAGGAGCUUGCCAUCAUGGAGAUGAAGGCCGUCAUCGUCGCCGUGGUCCGGAGCUUCGACAUCGAGGCGAUCGAGCGGAGCUCGCGCCGGCCCAAGUUCGCCCCGGGGCUAACCGCAACGUUCGCGGGUGGGUUACCGGUCAGAGUGUGCCGGCGAGCACGUGUGAGCGGGCACAGCCCGCCAAUCUAAUGAACGGAAUAAAAAAACUGUUGGUGUCGUCACGAUU